AUGACUAGCAAGCAUCACUUCGGCAGCUCUGCCGGCCGCGCCUUCAUCACCACGCUGCUCUCCCUCGCAGCUCUCAACCCCGCCCGAGCCGAUUUCGCUCCCCAGCACGGCGAUGGAUAUGGCAUCCUCCCUGUGCUCCCUCCCGGCACUCCCAACGAAGAUGCAUCCAGGCAGCAGCUGGCAAGGGAUAUGGACUUCACGCUGAAGCACAUCUUCCACCACGGAACCCACAAGUACCCGGGCCUGCACCGCCGUCUAGAUAUCCACCCUGAUGCUCCCCUGUGGGUCGCCUCCGAGGACGACCCUACUCGGCGGGAGCCCGCCCCGCGCCUCCGCGCUCGCUCGCAGGCCCUCAACAUCGAGCGCCUUGCAGACCGGAGCCCCGAAGCUAUUAAUCACAUCCUCGAAACAAAGCGCCUGACCGGGCGGGAGGUCGUCCUCCCUGCCAACGCCUGGACUGUCGACGAGAUCGCCGGUCCUAAUGUGACGGACAAAGAGAGUGUUCUUACCUUCGCGAGAAUGGCGGCAAAUGCCUACGUGACCGAUCCCACCAAGCCUGACUGGUCGGAUGUAAGUGGAGGCUUCAACUACACCGAGGACUUUGGUUGGGAGGCAGACGGUCUUCGUGGCCACAUCUUCGCCGAUACCACAAACUCCACCGUCGUCAUCGGCCUCAAGGGUACUUCACCAGCCGUCUUCGAUGGCUCUGAAACGACCACUAACGAUAAGGUGAACGACAACCUCUUCUUUGGAUGCUGCUGUGGCCAAGGCGGCUCCUACAUGUGGCUACAGGUCUGUGACUGCAUGACGUCUACCUAUAGCUGCAACUCGACUUGCCUGGUGGAGAACAUCAAGGAGAAGGGGAAGAACCGCUACUACUACGCCGUUCAGGAUCUCUACCACAACGUCACUUCUCUGUAUCCCGAUGCUGACAUCUGGAUUGCCGGACACUCUCUCGGAGGAGCCACGGGCAGUCUUCUUGGCCUGACCUACGGCCUUCCCGUCAUUACCUACGAGGCCCCUGGCGAGGCUAUGGCAGCAUCGCGACUGGGACUGCCUACCCCGCCAGACUACCACCUUGGCAGACAUCAAGACAGGACAGGCUCUGGCGUCUACCAUUUUGGCCAUACGGCAGAUCCUAUGUACAUGGGUCUGUGCAACACGGCGACCUCCGUGUGCACCAUUGCUGGUUAUGCUAUGCAAAGCGUCUGUCACUCUGGAUCGGUGUGCACUUAUGAUACCGUCGGAGACCUUGGCUGGCGUGUAGGUGCCGGAACGCACCGGAUCCAGGAAGUCAUUCAUGACGUUAUCGAAAAAUACGACGAAGUUCCUCCGUGCACCCCGGACAUUAGUUGCACAGACUGUUUCAACUGGAAGUUUUACGAGAGCAAUGGCUCCGACACGACGACGAGCUCCAGGAGUAGCACGGCGACGACAACUCCCUCGAGGACCGAAACCUGCAAGACACCAGGCUGGUGGGGAUGUCUUGACGAGAGUACUACGUCUGGUCCCAUGACCACUUCGACUAGCAUCAUUACGUCGACGACUUGUGAUACUCCCGGAUGGUUCGGUUGCAACGACAAGACCACCCAUACGGUUAUCACAACCUCCACAAGCAUUUUCCCCGUCCCUACUACGACCACGACUACUACUACCUCGACCACUUCGACUUCAGAGACCACCUCAACCACCACAUGCGAGACUCCCGGUUGGUUCGGCUGCAACGACCCCACGACUACAACGACGUCCACAACGACUUCCACGACGUCGUCUAGCUCCACGUCAACAUCCAGCUGCGCGACACCUGGCUGGUUUGGCUGCAACGACUCAUCCACAACGACCACGACCACGUCGGCAACCUCUGCCACCCCCAAGCCAUCCUUGAGUUCUGUGCCCUCGAGUACCGCAGCCUCGACCACUUCGAGCUGCACCUCCAAGAACUGGUUCGGCCUUAUCUGCGUUGAUCCUUCGCCAACCGACACACCGGCUCCAGCUCCGACGUCGCACCACCAGAAGUGCGCCCACAGGAACUGGCUCGGGCGCUGCAAGGAGUGGGAAGAUGAAGAUGAACUGUGA